ACAAGCCUGCGCGGUGGGUCCAGUUGCAGACCGCGGCGCCCGGUGGGAAUCAGUGUGGCGGCCGAGCACAAAACUAAGCUGUCCAAGAACUUGCUGCGCAUGAAGUUCAUGCAAAGGGGACUGGACUCGGAAACCAAGAAACAACUAGAAGAGGAAGAAAAGAAAAUCAUUAGUGAAGAGCACUGGUACUUGGAUUUGCCUGAGCUGAAAGAGAAAGAGAGUUUCAUUAUAGAAGAGCAGAGUUUCUUGUUGUGUGAAGAUCUUCUCUAUGGAAGAAUGUCAUUCAGAGGAUUUAAUCCUGAGGUUGAGAAAUUAAUGCUUCAGAUGAACACUAAGAACAAAGCAGAAGAAGUUGAAGAGCAAACAGUGGAGCUCGAUGUGUCAGAUGAAGAAAUGGCUAGAAGAUAUGAGACCUCGGUGGGGACAAUUGGGAAAAAGUUUGCCAAGAAAAGAGACUGUGCCAUUUACGAAGAAGAUGAAAAUGGAGACAUAAAAACAAUUAAAGCAAAGAAGAUGUUCUUAAAGCCCCAAGAUUAAAGUGGAGGCCUUAAGAUAUGGCUCAGGGAUGAGAGCAUAUUUUGGAACGCACUCUGUCAGCUCCUCUAUCGU